AUGAACUAUGAAGACACUUUGAGUGCCCUCUAUGGAUAUGGGAUCUUCCAGAUAAUUCUUACAGUUUGCUGUGGCCUCACAAAUUUCGUCACUGUCUUCGAAUUUCAAUCCAUAAUUUUCCUCCAUCUCACACCCCCUUUCAACUGCUCCUCUCCUCACCUCAAUGAAUUCAGCCAGAUCACUUGGGUAACAAAGUCCGAAUACUUGAGCUUUCAGAAUUCACAGCAGCAGCAGGAGAAACUUAGCACAGGUUUUGGCAGUUAUUUCCACGCCAAUAACUCAGCGUUGGAACAGUGUUGGGCUAUUGUGCGGCAACAGGAAGUCAUGCGACCAUUCGCCUGUGAUCAGUGGACCUUCUCAGAGUACACAAUGUCCCGCACCCUGGUAACAGACUAUAACCUCGUCUGUGACCGUAGGUAUCUCGUCACUCUGCUCGAAAUCGUAUUUAUUAUGAGUUUGGCUACAGGCUACAGCAUGGCAAUAUUUACGGACAGGAUAAGUCGUCGAAAACUGCUGCUUUUCUAUGCUUCCUGGGAUUGCCUAACGUCCGCCUGCCUUGUACUGGCUCCCAGCCUUACCUGUCUCUUCUUAAUCCGUGCACUGCGUUCGCUGUCGGCCUCCAUCUGCUACCUACCACCAUGCAUCCUUGCCGAGUUAGUACCGACUAAGAAAAGAGCAAUAUUUAUCAACCUCUACUGGAUCCCCUUCGGGCUUGGCUAUAUGCUGACUGCAGGCAUAGCCUACCUCACACGUGACUGGUUUCACCUGCGUCUAUAUGGCCUACUCUUCCUGAUUGUACACCUUUCUCUCUUCUUCAUAGUACCCGAGUCGCCGAGGUGGUUGCUGGUUCAUGGUAGGUACGACGAGUUUGUGAAGGUGCUGAAACGGAUGGCCGCCUGGAAUCGUGUGAAAGUGGAAAAGGGCUUCUAUGAA